AUGGUCGAUAAUCUGGGUCUUACACUCACCCCGGAUUCCAUGAUCUCAUUCCAAGAUGCGACCUUUCCCAUGAUAGUAAUGAGUUUCCUCGCCUACGCCGGUAACACCAUCUAUCCAUGCCUCCUCCGUCUCGUCAUCUGGACGUUAUUCAAAUGCGUUCCGCAGCAAUCGUCACUCAAGGAACCGCUGGCCUUCCUCUUGAAGUACCCUCGUCGGUGUUACACGCUCCUCUUCCGAAGUAAACCUACCUGGAUUCUAUUCGGGAUCGUCUUCGUCCUCAAUUUUGUCGACGUUCUUUUGAUUAUCGUGUUGGAUCUCCACAAUCCUGCCGUGAAUAACCUCCCUGUCGGCCCCCGGAUUCUGGCGGCCAUUUUUCAGGCAGCAUCGGCGCGACACACAGGAACAUCUUCAUUCAACCUGGCCAAGGUCAAUCCAGCCGUUCAAUUCAGCCUCUUGGUCAUGAUGUACAUUGCCAUAUUCCCGAUCGCCAUCAGUAUUCGCGCAUCCAACACCUAUGAGGAGAGUGCACUAGGCUUGUACUCAAGGGAACAGGAGAUUGAUGAGAACGAUGGCACAAACUACGUGCUGGCUCAUAUGCGGAACCAACUCAGCUUCGACUUGUGGUACAUAUUCCUCGGAAUAUUCUGCAUUUGCAUUGCCGAGGCCGACAGAAUUAUGGAUCCAGCUGAAGCCCAAUCCUUUUCCGUGUUUGCAGUUUUCUUCGAAGUUGUUUCGGCAUAUGGCAACGUCGGUCUCAGUUUAGGGUAUCCUACGGUCGCAACCUCGUUGAGCGGACAGUUCUCGACCUUCAGCAAAGUUGUGAUCUGCGCGAUGAUGAUGCGAGGGCGACAUCGUGGUCUCCCAUACUCGCUCGACCGGGCGAUUCUACUUCCCAAUGACCGACUGAUCGCGGAUCAUAAAGAUGAAACUCAGCCUGAUGCGAGGGCGUGUGUCGACAACCGUAGUGGUCUGGGCUUGAAUGAAAGCGGACAGAUGAAGUUCAGACGGUCCUAUACCAAAUAG